CAAGACAAGUGAUAGUAACGAACAGUAGGAAUAACAGACAGACGCAGUGGUUUGCAGAACAGCAACUCUUAUUACAAGACACUUGCAACUACUACUGAAACAUCAAUGAUCUGGCCAUUGAUACUGUGGAUUGCUACAGCACCGAGUCUAGUCAUUGGUAAAUCAUAGUUGCACAUGCAUAUCAAACCAUGUAGUUUGAAUCCACUAACAUCAACUAUGCUAUUCAGCGGGAGUUUGUUCGGUCACAGACCGUUUAUGCAUUGAUCAGAAGAACAUUGUUCUUGGACAGUCUUUCCCUAUAUGGUAUGCCAUCAACCAAAUCCCAACAUUUCUGGACCAGACUCAGCUGAUCCUCACCAUGUUCACGGGAAAUAUGCAGCAAGUGGCCGACCCUUGCAACAUUGCAUUCCCAGUAGUCAUGACAUUUGGGUCCCCAUUGACAUUGGGUGCAGUGGAUUCACUUGGAUAUGCUGGAUCAUUUAUUGUUGAUAUACCAAACAAUGCACAGAUCCAGUCCAUACAGGCUGCCCGUAACCAAUUCUUUUUCCAACUGAGGGACUCGCUGUCAAGAGUGUGUCUGACUGGACCUUAUCAGGAUGGAGGAACGUUUACAUGGGCAACUCUAUCCAUACCGCCAACCACUCCAUCCCCCACCUCGGGAAGUUCAGGAACUUCAGGAACUUCAGGCUCGACUAAUCCAAACUCGAGCACCGAUCAUUCACCUUCUAAUGGCAACAACAAUCAUGCCAACCCGCCAAAUGAGCCAAACAAUGGCAACACUGAGUCUAACAGCACGUCGUCUGGCCUUAUUGGAGGCAUUGUUGCAGCCGUGGUGCUUGUAGCUGUAUGUAUUGCAGUCUUUAUUUUUUACCGUCGUAAACGCGCAGCCAACCAGCUUUUGUAUGGUGAAUGCGGCGAAGGAUUGACUCCGUUGGCGCUCCGGCGUCAUUCGUCCUUUUCGCUUCUCUCGUCCAAAUCGCUUGAAUCUGCGACUAUUGUCCAGCCCAACUUGUUGAUGUCUGGCAUACGGACUGAAAAAACAUCCACCACGUCACUUGUUGGACCCAUCUCGUCAAUAUCAGACUCGAGUAGCUCAAACAUGCAAGGACAUGUUUUACCACAGCCUGCAAUGUACAUUAUGAAUUCAUCCAAGAAGGCUGAUACGUUGCGACCAGGUUUGAUUCCUACCCUUGCGUCUCAACAAUCAGCAUUGGGACUGUCAGUUGGAUCGUUUGGAACUUCGCCCAAAUCAUUUGCUUCGUUGACCCAUGAUCCAUCACAUCCAAUCUACCAAACACAGUCGCUUUCAAAACUAGUUGUACCGUCGCAUCAUGCCAAGUCUGCAUCGUCUACUGGAACGUUGAAUGUACCUUUGGCAUCGGCAGAAGAUUUUAAUCUUUCGGCAACAUCAGGGUUUUCAUUGCAAGAUGCACGUCUGAUUGCAGAUGCAUUUAGACAAGAACUUGCAGAUCCAUCGCAUGACUGGGAAGCACGAUCCGAAACUUCGUCGCCUAGCCGUCCCUCCGACGACGAUAUCCAGUAUGCAGACGUUGACGAUGAAAAUCCAUUUGGAACAGGCAGUCGCCCAACAAAACGAGACGACAAUGCAUGAUGCAACACAGCAAAUAUGUAUGAUAUAGACGCUUUUAUAUAUUGAAUUUACAAUCAGGGUUGAUAUGCACAGUCGAUUAUCAAACAAUAGAGGUUAAUCGAGUGCAUGGCGUCUGUCGUGUUUGUGAAUAUUUUUUGUAUGUCUAAUUGAGUGUUUUCCUAGUCAUGAAUCAAGUUUGAUGACUGUUUUUGAAUAGUCAGCCACAUACCCUUUAUUGAUUUGGAGUUUUUUGACUUGAUCCAGUUUUGCUAGCUCAACCGUUGUAGUAGAAUAUUGGAUGUCGUUUUGACUUUUAAAAUAGCCAUUUUUUACUUUUUGGUUACCUGUAAUCUACUCUUUAUUUUGAAAUGGACUAUACUGUUACCCUAUGCGUACAAGACUAGUAAUUGAAUAAACACGACUGUCUAUUU